AAAGUUAUGUUUGCUUCCACCACCGUGCGCGCCAUCUCGAGGACUCUCCGACCACUCUCUGCGCGUGCCAUAGCUGCUAUUAGACCGACUGCAGCGCGUACUUUUGUAUCUUCCGCGCGCCGUUUUGAAGCGACAGCUGUGUCCCAGCAACUACUGGAGAAGCUGCACCAAGAGCUCAACCAUGAAAUAAGCACCUCAGAGACUGGAACCGAGGGACAGCCUGAAUUUCUGACCGCUUUCAAGCAGCAAGGCGUUUGGGAGAUUAACGACGUACCCGGUAACGACGAGGUACUCCUGACAAGGAAAUUUGGCAACGAGACAAUUCGCGUCAUGUUCUCCGUUGCCGAUCUGCACGACUAUGAAGAGGAUGAUAUGGAGUCCCAAGCUAAUGAACAGGGAGAAGAAGAGGAGCCACCUAUCGAGCUCCGCGUCUCCGUUUCAAUUACCAAAACGAGCGCUCCUGGGGCCCUCAGUGUCGAUCUGUACUGCGCGGAGGGUGCUUUUCACACAGCCAACAUCACCUUCUACAAGUCGAGCAAGAUGAGCACGGAGUUGACCAUGGAGAGUGAUUUUGCGCGCCGGACGUUAUAUUCUGGCCCUCCAUUUGAAACUCUGGAUGUGACCCUGCAAGGAAACUUCGAAGCCUUCUUGCAAGAGCGCGGCCUUGACUCAUCGCUGGCCGAAUUCGUUGCUGAAUAUGCUCAGUUCAAGGAGCAGGAGGAAUAUGUUGAGUGGUUAGAUAGUGUCGGCAAGUUCGUCGAAUCGUGA